AUGCAACUUCUUGAGACGCCUAAGCAUCUGAUUGGGACUCAACUUGAUAUUGUCAGUAAGUGGGCUGGGCAUUUACCUAAUGAAAUUGCUAAAGGAACGGGUCAUCUUUUAGGGAGAACGCCAGUAGUUGGAGGAAUAUUGAAAUAUGCUGUUGAGGCACCACGUAAACUUGUCAAUGUUAGUGUUGAAGCAACAAAAUUUAUUACAUCACCUAAAGACGAUGUUGAUCACUUUGAGAAGAAAAUUUACAAAGCAUUUGGAGUUGAUGAAAGAGAUAUUACACAUAAGAAAUUUGAUAGAUAUUUGAGUUACUUUAAGGGAUAUGUAGGGUCACAUUUAGGUUAUACAAUAGAGGAUGCUGUAAAAUUCACUUGGGAACAUGGUAUUAAUUCCAUAGGGCAUGCAGGUAGUCAAAACAAAAAGACUAAACCUUACACAGAAGACAUUGACUAUAAGGAUGACUUGCUUUAUAUGGCAAAAAUACAUAGAAAAGAAUUCUUAGAUAAACUUUAUGAAUAUACUAUUGGUAAGAAAGCAAUGCCAGGAAGAAGUAAGGCUGAUGAGAACCCAUAUAAUAAGCCGAAUAAUGCACCACCGAAUAAGCCAGGUAGUCAUGAAGAUUUAAAAGAUUUACAAAGAAGACCCUCUUUAGACGAUGCGGAGGCUAGAAGGAAGCGUGCUGAAGAAGAAGAAAAAAGAAGAAGAGAUGAAAAAAUGUCAGGUCAUGAGGAAUAGUGAUGCUAAAUAACAAAAAAAACUUUAAAGGAUUUGGUUAUUAUGAAUUGCAGCAAGAUGAUGAGGGUAAUAUAAAACUAAGUGAUUAUAAUGAUGUUAUAAAUGCGCGCAGAGCAAGAAUAGAUAUGUUAUUGGAUAACAUUCAAUCGGAUGAUAUCAACUUCAUUAAGCUUAAUGAAGCUUUGCAUGAGAAGCUCAUAGGUGAUCAGGAAUUAUUUGAUGCAGAAGAUAAAAAGAUUGCGCAAGAAAAAAGUAAGAUAUUUAGUAUCCUAGAUAAUCUUAAUGAUCUUUCAAAGAUUGAAAGUAAGGAUUUAUUGACAGUUAGUCUAUUGUUAUCAGAUUUGAGCUAUGUAGAGAGGAAUAUCGUACUGCAAGAUUUUAGUGAAUUAAAGAAUUUGUUUGCUGAGAAGAAAGUAUCCGGUGAAGAUUAUACUGAUGAGGAUUACAGAGAUCUUGCUGAUUACCUUGAUAAGAUUAAUAAUAUAAUUAAGUUAGAGUUAAGUGAUAGGAUUGAAAGCACAAAUGAAGAGAUCAUUGAAUAA